GUUAUGAACGCUGUAGGGCGAUCAAAGCAUCUUGACCAUGAUAUUUUUUUCGAUACUUGUAUAGAAACAGCAACACAUUCAUUCCGCGUAUUUUCGUCAAAAUAUUCCGUUUCUUUAAUAAAGAGCCAUAUUGAGCCAAAUCGCAAGCAUGAUAUGGUUAAUGCUACUUUCAAAGUGGUACCAGUUGAUCCAUUUAAUCAAUUAUUGAUUAUUUAUGUGUGUUACAUCAAAUCCGUAUUUCCAUUUGUUUUUAUAUUGAUGUCCAGAAAAACUGAAGAGGCAUAUAUUGAUGUUUUCCGCUACAUUAAUGAUAACGUAAUUGAUUUGGAAUGUGCAAAGUUUUUGACAGAUUACGAAAUGCCAUUGCAAAAUUGUGUCCCAAAGCCACUCAAAUCGGUUGCUGGUUUCAUUUCUGUCAGGCAGUCCGACGACAUGCCUCAAAAAUUUCAGGCUUCUUAAUAUAUUUGCGGUCCGAAAGGGAAGCUCCUACUAUAUUUCGACAAUUGCUAUGUUUGCCAUUGCUGCCAGCCGAUCAUAUUUUGGCAACCUUUAAG